GUCAACUACCUUGACUAUUUUAGUGUGUUUACUGUUUAAAAUAAUUUUGAAAUUACAAAAAAAAAACUACAACAACAUAAUACGUAUAUUUAUUAUUUAUAUGAUUUAUUUAAUUUUUUAAAGUGCUUCUGAAGAAUUUAUUUCUUAGAAACUGCAGAUUCCGCAUCAAGUAUCAAGAAAAUUAAUAUGAUUGAUAAUUAUACACACAUAAGUAAUAACAUAAUUUAUAUAGUGGAAAGUAUUCCAGGCCCCAAAGAACAAAGUCAGGAGUAUGAAGAGAUAAUUGACAAUUUCAACUCUCAGCUAACUAAUCAUUGUCUUUGUGAGCAGUAUUGUUUAAAAAAUAAGUGCCAGUGCCUCGGGACAUCUGACAGCUUUAAUUAUGUGCUCUACAAUCAAGAUAAAUAUUUAUUACAACUUGAUUUAGAAAAUGGCCAAUUUUGUACAAAUCCUAUUAUAGAGUGUAAUGAUCUCUGUUCUUGUUCAAAUGAAUGUGGAAACCGUGUCGUCCAAAAAGGACCUAUGGAAGGUUUAAUUGUUAAAAAAUGUUCCGAUGAAAUGAAAGGAUUUGGACUUUUCACAGAAUCUCAUAUACCUAGAGGUAUGUUUGUCUGUGAGUAUGCAGGGGAGAUAAUAACAAAAUCAGAAGCUAAUAAGAGACAUCAGAUUAAUGCAGUAGAAGGGAAGAUGAAUUAUAUAUUUUGUUUACAAGAACAUAGUAAGGAUAGAAUGUUUCAAUAUUUUAUAGAUCCAAGCAGAUUUGGCAAUAUUGGCCGAUACAUAAACCAUAGUUGUGAACCCAAUUGUUGUAUAAUCCCAAUUAGAGUUAACACUCCCAUACCAAAACUUGCUAUAUUCAGUAGCUCAGAUAUAGUACCAAAUACAGAAAUAACUUUCAAUUAUGGUUGUUUUAAGGGUGAUAAAAUUUUAGAAAAUACAUCCAGAACAAAAUGUUUAUGCAAGAGCAAAAAUUGCAUGAGAUGGUUGCCAUAUCAUUUUUAUUAGUUUACUAAAAUUGUAUAAAAAUACAUAUUUAGUGAAGCAACCUAAAUAAUCAGGUGCAGCAAAAAAUUACUAUUUAUGCAUAGAUGUCUGUAUUUAUAUUAUCAUUAAUGGACAUACCAAAUGUUUCACAAGUCUCUUUUACAAGAAAUACAGGUAGAUGUUUUUGGACUUUGUACAGAUAAGAUUAUUUAGUUCUUAUUAUUCAGUAAAUGACCAAUAAGAUUUUUACAUUUUUUUUUUAUAUAUUUUGAACCACUGAUACUCUACAGAACUUAUUUAGGAUUUUUUAACCUUCAACAUAUAAUUUAAUUGAAUAAAACAAAUUAUUCUUUUAUAAGUAACCAGGUUUGUCUUUUGUCUAUUUGGUACACUUGACACUGAAAAAGGUUACCACCAACCCGUGGACACAGGAUACCGCUUGUAUCAAAUUAGGACAGUCCUCUUUCUUUGGAAUGAUAAUGGAAUGGUAACCCCACCUGCACUAUCAGUCAGAUGAAAGCAAAACUGACUGAUAGCUUGUAAUAAAUGCCAGAGCAAUUAACUAAGAUAAUUUUCUGAGGGAACCUCUUGGAGGUCAGCCUGAUAUGGAGCUUAAAUCCCAUUACUACCAAUUCCUUUCCUCAAGGACAGUCAAGUCAAUUUCUCUUAGUGGCAGUCCCUCUGUUCACAGUAUCAAUAAUAGUACAGUAGUUAUAAAAGCACUCGAGUUGAACAAUGCUAGUCUAAGAGUAAUAAAAUAAUGAUACUAUUUUUAAAGGAACUAUCUGUGCCUCAUGUAAAUGGUUUGUAAAAGAUCAAAAAAUAUUCAAUAACAUUUUUAGUUUUAUGAAAUGUCUCAAAUCAAAUUAGGUCAAUUAAAGUAUGUAAGUAAAAAUCAUGAUU